UUGACUGAGGAGGUGCGAUGCUUUGUCAGCGAUGACCCGAAGGAGUUGCUCAAGGGUAUGUUCCAGUACAUCAAGGAAGUUGCGGCUAAGAUUCAGCAGUACAACGUCUCGAAGUACGAGUCUUUGCUCCGCGAAAUCAUCAACGUCCAUGGUUUGACUGACGCUGAGGUUCCUGGUCUAGACUUGGGUAAGACGUACAAGAUGGAUGAUGUCAAUGCUUGGAUUCAGAACGGGGAGUUUGCUUGUUUCUUCGAUUUCCACAGCAAGCUCACAUUCGGUAAGAAGCGCUCGGAUUAUGGCAAGCUGAAGCAGUGCAUUGGUCAGGUACCAGUAUUCGGAUUCAACUCUGGACGCUACGACAUCAACCUUAUCAAGGCGGACCUGUUUGCAGUCAUCGGUACUGACAACAUCACAUCAGUCAUCAAGAACCCUAGCUACAUGUGCAUCGCCACGUCAGACAUGAAAAUGCUUGACAUUAGCAACUAUGUUCCGGCAGGCACCAGCUAUGCAAAGUACUUGUCGACAUAUCUCGGU